AUGUCUGCACCUGUUAUUAGAAAAGCCUCUGGCCCCGAUAGUCUUGUCAUUUCUGACGACUGCAACCAUCCUGCAAAUGUGAUCUGCGAAUUAUGUCGUCUUUUUUUUGAUAAAGAUUGGGUCACCGGUACCGGCGGUGGUAUGAGCAUUAGACAAGAUAAUUUAGUAUAUCUCGCCCCAUCUGGCGUUCAAAAAGAAAGAAUGAAACCUGAAAACAUGUUUGUUAUGGACUUAAAUACCAGAGAUUAUCUCAAAACUCCAGAUACUUAUAAGCCCUCAGCAUGUACCCCUCUCUUUCUUUCCAUCUAUAAUGCUGCAGAUGCUGGCGCCUGCAUUCAUACCCAUUCCCAAUCUGCUGUUAUGGUCAGCUUGCUCUAUGACAAGGAGUUUCGCAUUUCUAAUAUCGAGCAGAUCAAGGCUGUUCCCCGCAUUACUGAAGCAGGGUACCUGGACAAUACCGACGAACUUGUGAUUCCCAUUAUUGAAAACACACUACAAGAAGAAGAUCUUACACCCUACUUGGCAAAGACAUUAAUGGAAUAUCCAGCGGCUUCUGCUGUCAUUGUCCGAAGACAUGGUAUCUUUGUUUGGGGUGCCAAUAUCUGGAAAGCUAAAAUCAUUAAUGAAGCCAUUGACUAUCUUCUUGAACUGGCUGUCAAAAUGCGUUCAUUUGGAAUUAAUACUACUGGUCCUCUUGGUAUUGAAAAGGAAAGUCCAUAUCAUGAGUGCAGCCACCAUCAUUAA